AACCUGUGUGACUUCUGUUGCCCUGCAGGCCAAUGCCAGAGCUGGGAGAUGUGGGAUGGCCACGAAUGUAUUUGCGCCCCAGGCUUCUUCGGGGAGGAAUGCCAGUCCUUCAGCUACUCCUUCCCCUUGGAGAUCCCCGAUUUCCUCAACGCCACUGUGACCGUGGUCGUGAAAGUGACUCACAGGAACUUCACCGCAGACUUGAAAAACACCUCCUCCCAGGCGUACCAAAAUUUCACCAAACUCUUCAAGGAAGAGAUGAACAAAGUCUACAACUUCGCUGGCUACGAAGGAGUGAUCAUCCGCAGCCUCACCAAUGGCAGCAUCAUGGUGCAGAAUGAUGUGGUCUUGAAAAUAGACUACACCCCCAACUACCAGCAGCAGUUUGAAAACCUUGAGAAGGUCGUGAGGGACAGGAUCAUGAACGAGACAAGUUUUAACCAGAAUAAUGACACCAUUUGCGAAGGUGGGGUCUCCUGCAAAGCCGUGCUUGGGACACUCCCUCCCCACUGUCCCCUGCCAACCCCGUGCCCAGUUGCUUUCUUUCCAAGUCCUGGAGACCCAGCUCAUCACCCCCAUCCCUGCCAUGUCCCCUUGUAG